AUGAAGAUAGAUGACCCCUACACCACCUUUGUCAAGAUGCUGCCAGACAAAGCCUGCCACUACGUCCUCUAUGAGGCAAUCUAUGAGACCAAGGAGAGCAAGAAGGAGGAUCUGGUGUUCAUCUUCUGGACCCCUGAGUGUGCACUCCUUAAGAGCAAAAUGAUCUAUGGCAGCUCCAAGGACGCAAUUAAGAAGAAGCUGACAGAGAUCAAGAUGAAUUACGAGCAAACUUGUAAGGAGGUCAAGGAUCCCUGCACCCUGGCAGAGAAGCUGGGGAGCAACGCCGUCCUCUCCCUGGAGGGCAAGCCUUUGUGA